UGGGAAAAGGGAAGUUUGGCAAUCAGCCUCUCUCUUGUAGACGAAGUUUUGCUAUAGACCGUCUAUUUUUCAGACUUCCCGCUCCAGCUUCUCACUCUUCUCACUACUCUGCGAAUCACUCUGCUCCACUCCAGUCAAAUAUUCUCGGCGCCAUCGCGACAGUCGUUCUUGCUGCAAAUCUCCUUCCCGUCGCCAUGGAGACAGUCGCCUCUUCCUGUCAAAGUCGCUUCCGGCGUCUCCGUCUCUAUUGAACUACAAUGAAGGGAAAAAGAGAAGGAAGUGUGGAGUUAGGAUUCAGGAGAAGAAUUCAUGGGAGAAAAAUGAGGGAAACACGAUGUAUUUGUUACUCUCUCAUUUUUCCUUUAAAAAUUAAUAUUUUGUUUCUUUUCAUUAUUUUGAUUGUAAUAACCUUCUUAUAAUGCAGUCCAUAUGUGUUCUUAUAAUGCAGUCUAUAUUGUCAAAUAUGUUUUAUUGAUUUUCAAUUCCUAUGUAAUUCAUAUUCAAAAAGGUCCUAUCUAAUUAUAGUAUAUCACUAUCAAACUUGUCUGUUGGGUUAGAUAUAUAGGUGUUUAUUAUUGCAGCAGUUUAUAACUACACAGAGCAGCUAUUGGGUUACUAUUAUGAAUUCUCAGAAACAAAAUCAACCAAGGGAGACUUGCAAUAGUGAUAUCAUGACAAGGAAGGUGUCUGUAUAUGUGAGUCAUGGGUUCUGAUGUUUAUAAAUGACCCAAUUCUGAACUCAGCCCCGCAAAAGUUGCACUUGAGGAAACUUCUCAUGUUUCCGACAACCGAGGUAUCCAGAUGCUAGGACAAAUAAAGCAUGGCUCAUGCCGUCCUCGAGCAAUAUUAUUCAAGGUUCUUGCAGAUACUGUAGGUCUUGAAAGUAGGCUAGUUGUGGGUUUGCCUACAGGAGGAGCUUAUGAGUGCACAGACUCAUAUAAGCAUAUGUCAGUACUAGUUGUGUUGAAUUCGAUGGAACUACUUGUUGAUCUAAUGCGGUUUCCUGGCCAAUUGAUCCCUCAAUCUGCCAAGGCUAUAUAUAUGACCCACAUAUCUGCUGCUGGUGAGAGUGACUCUGCAGAAAAUGAUUCAUGUGAUUCACCAUUGGAGCCUAACAGCCCUCUCUAUGGGGUUACAGAGAGAGGAGAUCUUGAGAGGUAUACCCAUCAUCUACACUUGAUCAAAGUCAUUGAAGUAGAAGGAUGUGGAUGCUGCAUUGAUCACAUCCAUAGAAGAAGUGCCGGAUUUAAAGGCUUAUUUGGGUGCAUCGAGCAUACUUAAGUAGUAUAUAUUUUUGUUGUAUGGUAUUUAUAGUCUAUUG